CAAAUAUCCUCACAUCAGGUCCCCUUGACUGUCUCCUUCACAGUGGGCUCGCAGGCAGACACAGCUGACUUUUAAACCGAGCUGGCCGCUGUCCUUGCAGUACGGGGGUAAAAACAGGGACCUUGCAAUGAUCUCGCUGGACUUCAAUUUCAACAUUUUGACAAGGGACCUGUCACAUUAUCUAGAAAAUCAGGUGAAAGUUGGGCUGUUCGGCUCGGGAGUGGGGCUGUCUCUGGUUUUGGGCUUUAGCGCAGCGUACACCUGCUAUUAUCUACUGUCAGUAGCGAAGAAGCCACAGCUCAUCUCAGGGGGGAAGAAGUUCUACCACUUUCUGAGGGAGCAAUGUCCGGUAGUAUCAGAGACCUACUACCCCACCUUUUGGUGCUGGGAGAGCCGCAUCCAGACUCUGCUGAGACCCUUUGUCACAGCCAAACCGGGGGUCGUCUACAGAAAUGAGCUUAUUAAGGCAGCAGAUGGAGGACAGAUCUCUUUGGAUUGGUUUGACAACGACGACAGCCUCUCUCAUCCCGACCCGGCCACCAGGCCCACGGUCCUCCUUCUCCCUGGUCUGACCGGCACCAGCCGAGAGUCCUACAUCCUGCACAUGGUCCAACAGAGUCGGGAUCUGGGCUAUAGAUGUGUGGUGUUCAACAACAGAGGGGUUUCGGGUGAAACACUGCUGACCCCAAGGACCUACUGCGCAGCCAACACAGAGGAUCUGGAGUAUGUUAUUGAGCACAUCCAGAGGCGUAAUGAAGCUGCUCCGAUCAUGGCUGCUGGAGUAUCAAUGGGCGGGAUGAUGCUGGCCAACUACUUGGGGCGCAAAGGCCGGGAAACCUGUCUGAGAGGGGUCGUAGUCUUCUCAGCAGGCUGGGAUGUAUUUGAGUGCACUGCUUCACUGGAAAAACCCCUGGACCGCUUCCUCUUCAACUCUUACCUCACCAGCUGCCUACAAGCCUCCGUGCACAGACACAGACCAGUGCUUGAAAAGUGUUACGACAUCGAUCAUGUCAUGAAGGCAAAGACGAUUCGAGAGUUUGACGAGAGGUUCACCUCCAUAAUGUUCGGCUAUCCUACCAAUGAUGACUACUACCAUGAUGCCAGUCCUGUCCACAGGCUGAAAUCUGUGCAGGUGCCAAUGCUGUGUCUGAAUGCUGCUGAUGAUGUCUUUUCCCCAUCUCAUGCCAUUCCAGUGGAGGCAGUGAAGCAGAACCCCAACCUGGCCCUGAUCAUCACCUCUCAUGGCGGCCAUAUUGGUUUCCUGGAGGGCCUGUGGCCUCGACAGAGUACGUACAUGGACCGAGUGUUCAAGCAGUUUGCUAAGGCGGUCAUCGAAGAAGGCAGCGGACUCCAAGACCUCUCCCGAUAAGAGAACUCAACAAAGUGUUCCUCUAGUUUUACUUCCAUGAUCGUAUGCCUUUCUUCUUUCUUUCCUUCUUUUCUCUGCUCUUUUCUUUCAUUUUUGCCAUCCAUCUUUCCUCGCUGCAUUCCAUCCAUUAUUCCUUCCAUUUUUAUUCCUUUCCUUCUUGUUUUUUUCUACGUUCGUUCCUUCAUCUCUUUCUUUUGCAUUCAAUACUUCAAUCCUUUAUUCCUUCCCUCUCAACUGAAUCCUGUUCUACCUAUUUCCUUCCUUCCAUUGACUUUCUUUUAUCUUUGCCCUCCAUCCUUCCAUCCUAUUCUUCCUUCUGCCACAAGCAAAAAAAACAAACAAGUUAUUUCUCAUUUAAAGGGCACAUCUGAUUGAGUGCAGCAUUCAACAUACAUUUAUUUAUUUUAUACAAUUAACAAGUCAUUGUAUGUAGUCACGCUUUCAGUGGCAUGCUUAUUUAGAACAAAGCAUAGCUGUUCAUGUCACUGUUAAAGCUGAACCUGUGCCCAUCUUGUUCAGUUUUAUUAGCUAACUAACAAAUUCUGCAAUUACCUUGUGCAAUCAUUUUAUUUUUAAGUUAACAUAAGAAACAUGAAAAUCCAAUCAUCUGUCUUCAUAAACCUUUAGUAGUUAUAUCAGUAGGAUUUUAGCCCUCAGGGAUUUUCUUUAUUUACUCAUACUUCCUGCGUAAAUUUGUUUUGUCACUCAUUAGUUUAUAUUUUCCUUGUUUAAAGGUAGAUGUUAUUUACCAGUUGACACACAGUUGUAACUUUUCUUUAAUGUUAACAGUUUGAUAUUUUGGGGAAAAUGCUUAUUUGAUUUAUUGCGGCGAGUUAGACGAGGAUCACUAACACCACUCAGUCACAUGCUCUUGGAUGGUCCCAUUUCCUGAGCUGGGAAAUCUUCUUCGGACUUCGGUGUGUUCAUUAUGCCACGUGGGAACAACUCAUUACAUCGUCACAAAGAUGUAAUGAGGCCGUGGCUGAGAGCGAAUCAGGGCCCCCGUUCACUUUACUAGUACGUUUAGUACACAAACUGAAACACUGACUGACGAAGCCUACAGGGAAUGGCAGUCCGUUAGAGAGGGCGAGAGGGAGCUCCAGGGCAGAAGGUGGCAGUAGUGCACCUAUUACGCUAGUUGCCAAGCGCCGGUAAAACACAAAAGGGAUAAAAGAAGAAAAAGAAGACUGGAGUGAGGGGCUGGAGCAAUUCUGUGCUUACGCUACUUGUCACUUACGGUUAAGAGAGAGACACUAGCUGGGACGGGAAGUUGAGGAAAGAACGAAACUUUUCACAAAGUGAUUCAGUACGGUUCAUUCACCUCAGUGCUUCAUUCUUUUGAACGAAUCAGUCGCGAAAGAAAUAUCACUAGUGUCAGCGUGGGUUCUCUCAGGGUCCUGCAGCUUCCUCCCACAGUCCAAAGACAUGCAGCUUAGGUUUAAUUGGUGACUCUAAAUUGCCCGUAGGAGUGAAUGAGAGCUUGAACAGUUGUCUCUAUGUGUCAACCCUGUGAUAGUCUGGCAACCCUGUCCAGGGUGUAUACCGCCAAAUGUCAGCUGGGAUCGGCUCCAGACCCCUGUGCCCCAAGUUCGGUUAAGCAGUUAUGGACGGCAACAUUUAUAUUUGUCUGCUGUACUUUGCAAGUCCCAACAUUUUUGCAGACUUUCUGAGUUGUUGUUCCAACUUGAAGGGGCAUUUUUUGCGAAUUUUCCUAGUCAUUAGGAACUCUUUCUCUCGAACCACGAGUGCUGGGUAAGCUGUAGCUAGCAGCUGAUUAGCUUAGCUUACCAUAAAGACGCGAAGCAGUGGAAAAAUUGGCUCUAAAAACAGAACAAAUUCCUUCUAUGAGCACUGGUAAAACACUGGGCAGAGCCAACCUAGCUGUUUCCCCACUGCUCUCAGUCUUUAUGCUAAGCUAAGCUAACUGUCUGCCUCAUAUUAAACCUACAGAGGAGAGUGGUGUUAUUCUUCUCAUCUAACUUUCCACAAGAAAGCGAUUGAGUAUAUUUUCCAAAAUGUCGAUCUUUUCCUUCCUUUAACCUUUUGCAUGCACUUUUUACUUUCACACAUUCUACCUUCACGCGCACCAAAUAGUUCUUUAAAAAUGUAUAAUAUGGAGAAUAAUUCAUUAAUGACAAGGAAUGUGAAAUUGCACUAUUUUAGUUGAUACUACCAUGCCUCUAAUUCCGUAAUGCAAGACACUUCAUUUCAUUCCAUAAAUGAAAGUAUAUCCCAAAGGCCGAACAGAGCAGUAUAUGAAUGCCAUGAGGUUUUCUUUGUGAAGAUGUCGGUGGUUAGUUGUGUAAGUACGUCUGCGGGUGCUAGAUAGUGACGUGGAUGAAGUGACGAACAUAGGAAGACGGAGAGUGUACAUAUUGGCUGUUUCCUUACGAGAUGCAUAGCAGCUUUAAUGGCACCUGGUCGUCAGUCGUUUACUGGUUUUCGUUUCGCCAACAAUGAUCUAGGCGCUGGCUACCGUGUAUGAGUUGGCAUCAAUGAAACGACCAGACUCGACUGGCAGCCAGACUCACAGUAAUUUGCUGCAUGGGGGGGAUUUCGACUUCCUGUUCCUGUGGAAUUUCGGUGUCUGUUUGUUCUGCCAAGUAGCAUGUGUCCCAUCAGCGUCAUCAUGUCCUGAACCAUAACAUCACUUCUGUAGCACAAAGGACAUGUUUGUGGGUUUUUUUUCAUAGGAUGCUGCAUUUCAUUUUGUACAUGACAUAUAAAAAAGCAACAUUAUGUCUAACGUGCAGCAAUAAGAUUUUGAAUUAAAAAAAGAAGUCUCUAUAGUAUAAUUAUAUAGUAUAUGCACAUUAUCACCAUGAGUGUAAUAUGCUGUAUUUAAUAACUUAUUAAACAGAGUCUAGGUC